AUGGAAAAAACCAAGUUAGCUGUUCCAAAAGUUUCAUUAUAUAAUCCAGUUGAAUUAAAGAAAGUAUUGGAUUUGGGAUUAGAAGAAAUUCUUAAAUCUCAAUUAAAAUAUGAUAUUGAUUAUUGGUAUUCAAAUACUAUUAUUAUUUGUUCAAUUAUUUGUUCUCUUUUAGGGGCACUUGCGUGGUGGUAUCCAAAGCCAUGGCCUGAAUCAUAUUGGCAUAUCGUUUCAAUAAUUGUUAUUUACAUUAUUGUUGAUGGGUAUUUAACUUACAUUAUGUGGUUUAGACAUAAAGGUUUUGCUGUUGCAAUUAAGAAACCUAAAGCAAUAUUUUAUAGUGCGAUGAUUCCUUAUACUCCAUAUUUUAAAUUAACAAUGUGUAAAAAUCAAAAAGAACACAACAUUGAAAUCGAAGUUAAUAAAGUAUUUGAUUCUGAUGGUAAAUUACUUCUUCCUUUAUAUCAAGGAUAUGUGGAAAAAUUACUUAAUUUUGAAUAA